AUGCUACCUGGGACGGAUAGCAGCAGAGCUACUAGGUGCUCCAGCCGCCCUGACGUUCGCGAGUUAUGUGGCCAUCACCGAACCACGGAAGGAGAGCCACUGACCGGGACACCCGGUGUUGGCGUCAUCUCUGGACAGGAGACAAGUCUCUUGUCCAGCCUCCCAUUGAAGCAGAAGGCCGUGGAUCCCAAAAAGGUGGACAUGGUCAUUUUCCACGCCAUGUGCCCAGACGGCUUCGCUGCGGCUUUCGCGGCGUACUUACGGCUGGGCAAAGACUGCGAGUAUGUGGGUCUGACCUGCGGUAACAAGCGCGUGCCAGAGAAUGUGGAUGGCAAAACCAUUGCUAUCCUGGACUUUUCCUUUGACAAGGACACCAUGGACGAUCUGAAGAAGAGAGCCAAGGGCGUGGUUGUGCUUGACCAUCACGCCAGCGCUCAAGAGGAUUUGGCUUCACUUCCUGACGAAAACAAGGCAUUGCGUUAUAUCACAGCAAAAGAUGUGAUUUCCAGCGAGACAUGA